GUCUGCCAACAGCCUCAGCAGCGGCUCUAUCUGGAUCCUGCUCCGCUCGCUGACAAUUACAAGAAGAGAAAAAAAAGGAGGCCCCCCCCCCCCCCCCGUUUUCUUCUUUAUUUGCGAGGACUACUCUUCACCAUGGGCGACAAGAAGAGCCCGACCAGGCCAAAGAGACAAGCCAAACAGAGCGCCGACGACGGCUACUGGGACUGUAGCGUGUGCACCUUCAGGAACACCGCCGAGGCGUUUAAAUGCAGCAUCUGCGAUGUGAGGAAGGGCACAUCCACAAGGAAACCCAGGAUCAACUCCCAGCUGGUUGCCCAGCAGGUGGCUCAGCAGUACCCGAUGCCUCCCCCGCCCAAGAAGGAGCGUAGGGAGCGGAGCGAGCGCACGGAGAAGGACCGCCCUGACGGAGAAGGAGAGCGUGCCAACGGAGAGGGACGUCCGGAGGGGGAACGUCCGGAGGGCGAACGUCCGGAGGGCGAGUGCCCAGAGGGUGAACGCCCAGAGGUCGAGCGUCAGGAGGUCCAGCGUCAGGAGGUCCAGCGUCAGGAGGUCCAGCGUCCAGAGGUCCUGCAUCCAGAGGUCGAACGUCCAGAGGUUAAGCGUCCAGAGGUUAAGCGUCCAGAGGUAGACACCCCAGAGAAGGAAAAGAACGACAAGGAACAGCCCAUCAAAGACAAACCCGACAGAGAGAAGGAGAUCAUCCCUGCCGUCACGAAGAAGCCCAGCAACAAAAAGACCAGACCCAAGUCAGACAACCACCAGAGCCCACCCAGCGACAAACACAGCAUACAGUCUGGCAAAUCAGCGACCAAGACCAACAAGAACUCUCACAUCUCCAGACCCAAACUGAAGAACAUCGACCGGAGCACCGCCCAGCAGUUGGCCAUCACCGUCGGGAACGUGACGGUCAUCAUAACAGACUUUAAGGAGAAGACCCGCUCCUCCUCCACGUCCUCAUCCACCAUCACGUCCAGCGCGGGCUCCGAACAGCAGCACCAGAGCUCCGGCUCCGAGAGCAUGGACAAGGGCUCGUCACGCGCCUCCACGCCCAAAGGGGAUCUCUCUCUGGGGCAUGACGAGUCGUUCUGAGGACCCACCCACCCCCACCCCACCCCCUCCAACCAAGUCCUCACCCUGCACCACUUCCCCCCUUUUCCUCCCCCACGUUUCUGGACACUAUGGAUCUCAUAGGGGGAGAGAUUUCACCUUUCCCAUCGCUGCCCUGCCUCCAUUCCAUAAGCCUCCCCCGGAUGCGGAGAGGAUCUGGCUGGCGGAGAGGAACAGUGACAGUGCGCCUGUCGGGGAAACAAACCCCCUGCUUGGAGAACUUCUCUCGUGGUUACACCCGCGGCACAUUGCGAGGAGAGCCGGGCUACAAAGAGUAACGCCCCCAAACCCCCCACCCACCCCCAAACGCCCCCUGCGGUAGCAUCCAGACACUUGUAUGUAUUGUUUUAUAUUUGUAUGUGGAUGUGAGGCCAAGUCGACAUUUUUUGUUUUGUUUUUUGUUUUUGUAAAAGAAGAUUUCUUCGCUGGGCACAAAUAACCACCAUCAUUUUAAUAACUUUAAACUAUUAUUACCCUUAUUUAUUACCUGUUGCACCUGUAUACUUUGAUAAUCUCCUUUUUACGUUGAAGCUUUGCCGUGUAGCUCUGCCGACCGACCGACCGCUCCUUCAGUGUUUUUAUUGCAGUUUGAAAAGCGAUAGGACAAGACUCGAGUCACCGACAGACACACACACACCACAUACACACACACACACACACACACACACACACACACACACUCACACUGGUGCUAGAUACACUGUGAAGCGGUUUUGGCAGAUCUGGGAUUGCCCCAGUCACUCAACGUGACAACGUGCUGAUGGAUCAGAUUCUCCGUCGCUCCUCUCGACGACACUGUCUCACCCUGAACACCGUCUGGACCUCCGACGGGUCCGUCUGCUUGUUCUGUACAGGUUUCAUUUCAUCAGCAGGAUCUCACCCGAAGUUCAGGCGCCUGAGCUUUUCGGACUGGACUGUCUUAUGAUUUGGUUUAUGCUAUAGCAGAUCUCGUAUACAGCGUCUUCUCUCCUUAACUGUACAGUUGUAGGCUGUUGUGUAAAACACUAAAAAGCUGUUGCUAUUUUUUCUGCAUUCCACACGUAAAUGUGAGUUUUCUGGCCCAAGGUAGAGCUGUCCUCUCAUCGCCUGAGCCCGAGCUUUUCCUCCGUCGUGACUAAAGGAUGCUUACACACAGUUCCACUUGGUAAAACCAUAUCGAACUGUAAAAACACACCUGUUGUGUCGAGCUGUUGUGAAUGGAUUUCAUUUCUUUCUUUUCUUUUUUUUGUUCUCUGAUCCCGAAGACAAUUUUGAAUCUCUCAACACGAUAUUUCCCAGAAAACAAUAGCAAAGACACAAACAAAUUGCAAAAGAUUUGACAAUUUGAUUUUCGUUUUUAUUUUUCUAUUAAUUUCAGACUCCUGUCAUUGAAGGCAAAAAUAAUAAUAAUAUUACAGUAGUUAAUAGAACAUAAUUGCUCGUUUCAAAUUUUUUUUUUAGAACAGCAAGGCUUAUUUAAAGGUUUUAAUUCACUUUCACGUUAGCUGAUAUUAGACCAACAUACUUUUCCUUUUAACUGUAUGAAAUUGUAUAAAGAAUAAAUGUGUAUAUGAUAUCUUAGUUUUAUUUAUUGAAGGACCAAAGGAAUUUCAUAAUGACAUGAUACAUAGACAGAUGAAUAACAAUUUGAAAUGCAAUUAUCUAAUGUGUGAGAUGAAUAACAGUUUAAAUAAAGACUAAUAUAAUCCA